UACUUCUCCCAAUUUGUUGGUUGCAAGUGGGCCUGGGCUCGACACAUUCGGCAAGCAAAGGGUGGGCCGCAACGAGAAAAAAGAAAGGGGAAAAAAAGGAUGGAAUGCAAGGUCAAGGAGGGGUUUGCUCGCAACUGGUCGCCCAGGUCCUGCCGCCAUUUGGGAAUUGGUGUCUGCUUGGGGCUGUCAGUGGCUGGAUGUGGUCGUUCGCUGCAAACACCGCCUGUGGGGGUGUGCUGGUGGGUCCUGCCUGCAACCGAGUCUGAGUCUGGGGUCGGGUCCAGUCCAUCGAAGCAACCCGGGGCCACAUUUCUGAGUCGGCGCCUCUUGAAGACGAUUGAUUAUACGCCGAGUGAUAUCCCCAUUGUCACACGUAUGAACCGCCGUUGCCUCUUCAUCCUUCGUUCUAUCAAUAGUAAAUUAUCUAAUUAUAUAGACAUGUCUCUGGAUAUUCGACACGUUUGUCUCUGCAGCUUCGGACCCUGGGCAAAAGAGGUAUCCGAAAAGGUUAAGAAGGGAGGUUCCAGGGUUUUCGAGGUUUCGGAUUCUCGGGCUUCUAGCGGCAGUCACUAAAAAGCGCAAGCCACCAGGCCGGGAUCACAUGCCGCACACAGCGCCCGGGCGUGACGAGCAACCUCGAAUCGUCCUUUAUUACAACUCUCGCAAGCCAUGUCGGUCGUGACCCUCCGACAGAGGGAUCGUCGUCCAGCUCGGCCCUCUCGAGGGAUCGCGGGGCACGCCAGAUGUAACCCGUCCUGCCCGUCAAUGCUCAACCGCCGUUGAGAAACUUGAGAGGCCCAGUGACCGAAAGCUUUGAUAGGCCGAUGGAAG